GCGAGACACGACGUGAGAUGAGUUCCACGAGUGAAUGGGCCGGCAGCGACGCCGAAGGCACUGACCUAUCUGGCAGUAGUCAGCGAAGUGUGGACUCGCAAAGCACCAAUAGCCUUGUCGACUUCAUCAACGACAGCGAUGCCCUGGGCGAGACGCAGUCCCUCGACUCUUCCGAGGAUGACAGCCUGUAUAGAGGCCGGGCGCGGCAGAAGAUAGGCUCCAAGAGGUAUCCACUGGAACAGUUAAAAAUAGCCAUCUAUCGAAGCCUCGAGCUGCAGGACACGAUUAUACGAUUAUCGAAGGCCUGCCGAUUCGACGCAGCGGACCACCCGUGUGGAUAUAUGGAUUCUAUUUCCGCCAUAAGCUUUGCAGCAAAGAGAUUGCUCCGUGUUCAGAACAGCAUGAUUCUUGGUAUUGAGAAAGCCGCCGAUCGGAGAGAGAAAUACUUUGGCCCGGAAUCUGGGGGUGGGGCACCCAUCUUGGACAAUAGAGACGGACAGGAUGACGGCGACUAGCGUCUGUGAGCACCAUGCACCCGCCGUUUCCAGCUGCAGAUGCAAAGAGAAUAGACAUACAACUUCAUUGGCUGCUCAAAGACGCCUUAGAGAAGAAGCAGUGGUGCAAAUGACGCGGAGGGCCAUGUACUGUUUCCACUGCUGCUCGCCGUGUUUGCCUCGCCUCGGGCGGGACAGCUCUGCAAGCAGCCGGCCGUCGGACGGACCCUAGCGUACAUGGUUUGCCUACGAGAGGCCAGGAGUGGGUCCGGGGAAGUACUAAUUUACCACGCCAGUGCGUAAUGGGCUUAUGGGA